AUGCAGGAACUCCCUCUCUCACCUUACGCUUCGAAAGUAGCGAUUGAAAACUCACUUGCGCAAACCAAAGCUGUCCACGGUCGUCAAUCAGGAGGGGAGUUGGGCGAAAAAAAUGCCAUUCAGAUAGAUCAAGUAGUUGACAUCGAAAGUGCUUCAGUUGAAUUCUCGUAUGAUGAUGGGAACCACAGUGUGGUUAGAAAAUUAAAGGCUAGACACAUCCAAUUGAUUGCCCUAGGCGGAGCAAUUGGUACUGGUCUGUUUAUUGGCUCAGGUGGUGCCCUUAGUGUGUGUGGCCCUGCGCCGGUGCUUAUUUCCUACACGUUGAUGUCAGGUUUUGUCUGGUGCAUCAUGAACUUGAUGACGGAGAUGGUGACAUUGAUACCGCUCUCAGGAGAAACCUCAAUGUAUUCACUCGUUGGGACGUAUCUCAAUCGCCCACUCUCAUUCACCGCUGGAUUGAAUCUGUUUUAUGCCAUGGCUAUGAUUCCUCCGGCAGAAAUUACCGCGACUGCAAUUUUAGUCCAGUACUGGACGGAUGCCAACUCAGCAAUCUUUAUCACCAUCUUUAUUGUUUUGACAGUUUCGAUGACUAUGUUACCAGUGAACUUCUUUGGUGAAAGUGAGUUUUGGGUUUCUACUAUCAAACUUCUCUGUAUCACAGGUCUGAUUAUACUUGGUGUUGUCGUUUUCUUUGGAGGCGCCCCGAAUCAACACAAAGUUCUUGGGUUUCAUAACUGGAAUAACCCAGGCGCUUUCAAUCCUCAUCUCGCUCCAGGAAAUACGGGAAAAUUUUUGGCGUGCUGGACUGCCAUCAUAAAGAGCGGGUUCUCAUUUGUGUUGAUGCCUGAAGUCGUCGUUUCCUGCGCAGCUGAAUCGGUAAACCCAAGAAGAAAUAUGCCCCGGGUAGCCCAAAGAUUUGUGUACCGAUUGGCACUCUUCUACGUCUGUGGUUCAUUGGUUAUUGGUAUUAUGGUUGGAUACAAUAACCCACGCUUAUUGAACGCCAUUGCUUCCGGUGAAUCCAACGCUGCAGCAUCGCCCUUCGUGAUUGGAAUUCAGGAGGUUGGUAUUCGAGUCCUUCCCCACAUCAUCAACGCUUGUAUUUUAACCAGUGCCUACUCUGCCGGUACAUCGCUGAUGUACGGGGCUUCGAGAACAUUACACUCAAUGGCUCUAAGAGGUGUUGUGCCCAAAUUAUUUGCCAGAACAAAUCGCUUCGGUACUCCAUACUAUAGCACCGCAGUUACCAGUCUUUUUGCGUUGUUGGCCUAUCUCAAUUGUUCGGACUCCGCAAGUGUCGUCUUUACUUGGUUGUCAAACAUUGCCACCAUUUCAGGCUUCAUAGACUGGGCUCUUGUGUGUGUAGUUUACCUCCGCUUCAGGAAGGUGAUCGACUAUGCAAAUCUCAACGAUAGAAUUCCCUUUAGAGCUCGAGGCAUGAAGCCAUUUGCUUACUUUUCCUGCGCCUUUUUCGUCCUAUUGUCUCUGACCAAUGGAUAUGCCGUUUUCGUUGAUGGAAACUGGAGUACGAGCGAUUUUUUUGCUUCCUAUGUUACCAUUGGAUUGGUGGUUGUCUUAUAUCUGGGUAGCUCGUUCUAUUACAAAACCUGGAAGUAUAGAAACAUGGACGAUAUCGUCGCUGAAAUCUUGCCCAAGAUUGCAAUUGCCGAUGAGGAUGAGAAGAAUGAAGUCCCAAUUGUGGCCAGAAAUUGGAUGGAAAGGGUCUGGAAUUUUAUUGUCUAA